AAGGCUCUGACAGCGAGUGCGGAAGCCGGAACUGCCGCGCUCGCGCUGUGCCUUCCGUUUCUGCACAGCAGCAGAGCUCAUCCUGCGCGCUGACAGUAGUACCGCUAUUAAAACCCGCACGCAAACACAUUUCAUAGAAAAAGAAGAAUGGCGGGACGGCUGCCGGCUUGUGUCGUCGACUGUGGCACAGGAUACACAAAACUUGGAUAUGCAGGAAACACAGAGCCUCAAUUUAUUGUUCCUUCAUGUAUUGCCAUCAAAGAGUCGGCCAAGGUGGGGGACCAGGCACAGCGCAGGAUGAUGAAGGGGGUGGAUGACUUGGACUUUUUCAUUGGUGAUGAAGCUAUAGACAAACCCACAUACGCCACAAAGUGGCCAAUCCGUCAUGGCAUUGUGGAAGACUGGGACCUCAUGGAGAGGUUCAUGGAGCAGGUCAUCUUCAAGUAUCUGCGGGCUGAACCCGAAGACCACUACUUUCUCUUGACAGAGCCUCCACUGAAUACGCCUGAAAAUCGAGAGUAUACAGCAGAGAUCAUGUUUGAGUCCUUCAACGUUCCAGGUCUUUAUAUAGCUGUUCAGGCUGUUCUUGCCUUAGCAGCUUCCUGGACAUCCAGACAGGUGGGAGAGAGAACACUGACCGGUACGGUAAUAGACAGCGGUGAUGGGGUCACACAUGUCAUCCCUGUGGCAGAGGGAUAUGUUAUUGGCAGUUGUAUAAAACACAUUCCUAUUGCUGGCCGCGACAUCACGUACUUCACCCAGCAACUGCUGAGGGAGAGGGAGGUGGGAAUUCCUCCUGAGCAGUCUCUGGAGACUGCCAAAGCGGUCAAGGAACGGUUCAGUUAUGUGUGCCCAGAUUUAGUAAAGGAAUUCAAUAAGUAUGACACAGAUGGGUCCAAGUGGAUUAAACAGUACACCGGCAUCAACGCCAUCACCAAGAAGGAGUUCACUAUUGAUGUAGGCUAUGAGCGCUUCCUGGGACCUGAGAUCUUUUUUCAUCCAGAGUUUGCGAACCCUGACUUCACCCAGCCUAUUUCAGAGGUCGUGGAUGAGGUCAUUCAAAACUGUCCCAUUGAUGUGAGACGUCCCCUCUACAAGAACAUUGUCCUCUCUGGUGGCUCCACUAUGUUCAGGGACUUUGGCCGCCGACUACAGAGAGACUUGAAAAGGACGGUAGAUGCUCGACUGAAAAUGAGUGAAGAACUUAGUGGUGGCAAGUUAAAGCCUAAACCAAUUGAUGUGCAAGUGAUCACCCACCACAUGCAGAGAUAUGCUGUUUGGUUUGGAGGAUCCAUGCUGGCCUCAACUCCUGAAUUCUACCAAGUCUGCCACACCAAAAAGGACUAUGAGGAAAUUGGGCCCAGCAUUUGUCGCCAUAACCCUGUGUUUGGAGUCAUGUCAUAAAUGCAGACUUUCGCCUUUAUACAGGUUUUGUCAUAAGAGACCAGGGUCAGCAUUGCUUUGGUUGCAUAUUCUCUUUGAAUGGGUCACAGUUGCUGAAAAUACAGGAAGAGUGUAAUUUCAAAAAAAAGUAAGACCAAACCUCACGAUGGAAAAUUGUACCAGAUGUCUUGAAAAUGUGGGAUUAAUGGUUUCUACACCAAAAUAAAUUCAUUUUGUUUUGUAGUUGCAGAGCAAUGUGUUGGAAAAGCAAAAACAAUGAUAAAACAUAAUCAUUAUAAAAUGAUUAUAGAAUGUAAUGUGCCCAUUUUUCUUCUAUGUUGAGGUAUUCCCAUGGCUUGAAGCUCAUCUUGGCUUCAGUUGUUAAUUUUUCUGUUUACAAGGCAAGAGCUUGUUUAAAUUUCUUUAAAAAAUUAAUAUGUAAAGCUAGAGAGAUCAGAAAUGAUUAAAUAACCAUUAAGGUAACAUCAUUUAACUCAGUUUGACCUGAAUACUUGUAGCAUUUCCCACAUGGAAACCUAUGGAAAAAAAAAUCUCUCAUUUAACAUGCUUACCUUGAUCUUUAUUCCAUUUUCCUACUUUUUUUGGAUAAUUAUUUCCCCCAUAAUAACUUCUCUGAAAUGUACUCACUCCUGCUGGUGCUUUCUCUAUAUUAACCCUGCUUACAUUUUAAUAUGUAUCUUGCAGCAGAAAUUAUAUUGCUUAUAAUUAUGGUGAUGAUGGUGAGGAUAAAGACAAUUUAAGCGAUUAUUGGACCAGUAUCUUGUUACAGUUUUCUCAAGUACCAAAUGAUUAGUGGAUCGGAAGUGUGUAUUUAAUGCAACAUUCCAAUAAAAGGCACAAUCAUUUCUA